AUCAUUUCACGUCGGAUGGCGGAUAUGUGGAGUUCCGACAUAAACAAUGAUGGAUUCAUCGAGUAGACUCACAGCUGAAUAACUCAGCUGUCAUAGAAAAAAAGCUCCAACGGGGUAUGGAAUUUGCCGCUGCGAAACGGCACGGGAAGUGGAGGAGGAAGCGAUACCUGAGGAAACGACUACGCGAGCGGAUCAAGAUUGAGGUUAAGUCGAAGCACUGGAGAGUCUUCCCCAAAUAUGACACACGAGACACACGAGAGACGUUAACGACGGACACGAUGCAGGCCGACGCGUUCUGGAAGAAUUACACAGUGGCUCAGGAAUGGCAAAAACGACAUAACAUAACCUGGUGGAGAUCACGCUGUGUCGCUCUCGAACACGAGAACAAAAUACUGCGUGACAAGGUGAGAUUCUUGGCUCAGCGUCGCGACUAUCGUGAUAAUCGGCAGAAUAAUCAUAACGUAAAGGCCAACAAUGACAGCGAUGCUCGACGAGGAAACCAUGUGGAAUUUGUUUCCAAUGACGAGGAUUUUGAAUUCACGAUAACCGAGGAUAUGCUGAACUUUUUUGAGACGAGCGAAAGGCACAAGCGAGAAUUGCGACAGAAACGUAGAUUCAAGGCCGCGCACGAGAAAAAAGUUUCGCCUCGUGUCUCGGAAGAAGAAACGCCCAUCGUCGGCGGUGCCGAGAGCAUCCAAAGGAGAAAGAAGGAAGCUGAUUUGCUAUAUGGUGAAGCCAGUUCCAAGAUAUUGGCGAUGGAAGCCUCUCUGCAGAGUAAAGUGAAUCAAUAUGAAGAUACAAAUAAUCCUCAGUAUUGGCCGAAUAUUCCUUUGAAUUUUUGAAAUUUUGAAAUGAUUCAAUUAGUUAGUAUAUUAUAUUGAAAUCCGUAUAUUCUAAAUAUUUUCAAAAUAAAUUCCCUUUUUUAUGAAUGGUAAGACAACGUUAAUCA